CAUCCACUUCCAAUUCCAAUCAAACCACAAAUCACGUCGAGCUCGGACCCAGAGGAAAAGUUUGCAAUUUGCAAAUGGCAGUGUCGUCAGGGAUGGCCGCCUUCUCCGUCCGCCCGCCGGCGCCGGCGCACGCGGCCCGGCCGUGCGCGGCGGCGGCCACGGCGGCGGCCGGCGGUGCCAGGAUGCGCGCCGGCGGCGACGGCGGGGGCGCCAAGUGGUGGGCGCCGCUGCUGGGGUGGUCCGGCCAGCCGGACUACAUCGACGCGCAGCCGGGCGCGGCGGCGGCGGCGGAGGAGGCGCAGCACCAGCUGCAGCAGCAGACCCGCGCCGGCGCCGCGGCGCGGAGGUUCGGCGUGCUGACGGAGGACAAGGCGCGGCAGCUGCGGAUGCGGAUGAUGGAGACGGAGAGCUUCCACGACGCCAUGUACCACUCCGCCAUCGCAUCCCGCCUCGCCUCCGCCGCGCCCGACAAGCACUAGCCAGCAAAACCGACCACCAACUCGCCGCAAGAAGCAAGCAAGCGCUGUUGUGUAUAUACAUGCUUCCUUUCUUUUGAUUUAUUUAGGAUAAAAUAAUCCGCGUGGUGAUGAAGGGAGGGCUGAUUAGAGGAGGGGACUAGUAUUAGCAUGGUGCCCCCCUCCCGACUCGAUCGACCGCGACGACGAGCCUCCCAUAGUAGGGGUUGUUUAGCUGUCUUGUGUAGUACCACUAGUCCUUUCACCGAAAUGUUAUGGAGAGAUAAACCUGCCUGUAUGAUGUUUCCGUUUGUUCUGAUAACAUGGUUUCGUUUUCUGCGAA